ACUUUCCAUUUCGACGGAUAUGUCUUAGAAAUGUGGAAUCAGUUUGUAUUUGCAGGUGCAAAUUUAUCAAUUAUUACUUCUAUAGUCAAAUCCAUUGCACGAAGAUUGAAGAAACAUAAUUUAGAUAUUAUAUUAGCAGUACCACCGUCUAGAGGUGCACAACUUGAAUUGUUUUCAAAGCAACAGUUUGACGAACUAGCACCAUAUGUAAACACCUUUUCGCUUAUGACUUACGAUUAUUCAAGUAUUCAAAGGCCAGGUCCAAAUAGUCCUCUCGAGUGGGCUAGACAAUGUGUAGAAUUAUUAGCCCCAGAAAAAAAUGAUCCUAGACGAUCUCAAAUUUUAUUAGGUAUUAACUUUUACGGUUACAAUUAUACACCGGAGGGUGGCAAGGCAAUUCUCGCCUCUGAAUAUUUAGAUAUAUUAAAGUUAUUUAAAGGAAAGAUUCGUUGGGAUAAUAGCAGCAAAGAGCAUUUCUUUGAACCAAGGUAAUACUUCAUUAUAAUCUAUGUGUAUAUA